UUUUUUGUGAAAUGUCGUGAAGGGAUAAUGACUUCUGGAGAUGAAUGCGUGGAAGAAGUUCCACUUCGGCGGAAAAUUGGCUUAAAGGAAAAAGUGAAAGCUGACCCAGGAUUUCUGAUGACCAUGAUGUCCACAUUCGUUAAUUUCACUUUGGCAAGUAUGUUUCUCUACGGUACCACAGGGAAUCCACGCUUGGGCGUCCUUGCUGGAGUAUUAUCAGUUCCAUUCAGUGCAGUGACGAAUAUUUUGUUUACCGAAAAUGAUUAUAAAGCUUGGAAAGAAACAAAGCAGAUGAGAGCACGUGGUGUGCCGGAAAUCAUAAUUCCUAAGAAAGUAAAGUAUGAUUGGGAAUAUUAUGAACCAUUACGAGAAGAGAUUGAAAGAUUCUAUGAAGAAAAAAAAAGAAAUUAA